AUGGACGUGACCAUCCAGCACCCCUGGUUCAAGCGCACUCUGGGGCCCUUCUACCCCAGUCGGCUUUUCGACCAGUUUUUCGGCGAGGGACUUUUUGAGUAUGACCUGCUGCCCUUCCUGUCGUCCACCAUCAGCCCCUACUACCGCCAGUCCCUCUUCCGCACCGUGCUGGACUCCGGCAUCUCUGAGGUUCGAUCCGACCGGGACAAGUUCGUCAUCUUCCUGGAUGUGAAGCACUUCCCGGAGGACCUCACUGUGAAGGUGCAGGACGACUUUGUGGAGAUCCACGGGAAGCACAACGAGCGCCAGGACGACCACGGCUACAUUUCCCGUGAGUUCCACCGCCGCUACCGCCUGCCGUCCAACGUGGACCAGUCGGCCCUCUCUUGCUCCCUGUCUGCCGACGGCAUGCUGACCUUCUCUGGCCCCAAGAUCCAGACUGGCCUAGACGCCACCCACGAGCGAGCCAUUCCCGUGGCGCGGGAGGAGAAGCCCAGCUCCGCUCCCUCGUCCUAAGCAGGCAUCGCCUCGGCUGGCUCCCCUGCAGCCCCAGCCCAUCAUCCGGGGAGCACCCUGAGGGCGGGGUGUCUGUCUUCCUUUGCUUCCCUGUUUACCUUUCCGCCUUCUCACAUGGAAUGAGGGU